AUACUUCCUUUUCACAAUGCAAAUCGGCGUGUUGUGUUAAUGUGAACUUCGUACCAACCGGUAACAGUUGUUUCUGCUGUCACGUGCUAUUUUAAUACCAAGCAUAGUGAACACAUUGGUGACAUAAAGUCUGGAGGUGUUCGUGCUGUGACAUCGGCUAGCAAGCAAGGAAUGGAAGUGACGUACAUGUUGGUGGCGUUGUUCUGUGCGUCAGGCCUACGAAGAGUGCUCCUGACUCCAUGCUGUGACAACUGUGAGCACCUACAUGCAGAUGGUAACUGUCGUCGAUGCGGGAAUGCAACCAAGACAUGUUCUGAACCACCACAGACAAAUGGUGCAAUUGAUCCGUCCUGUUCAGACGCAACCUUCUAUGGAAAGAACUGUCAGAUGAAAUGUUCUAACACCUGCAUCAACUCUCAAUGCCAGCUGCAGAAUGCCACUCUGGUGUGUACAGAUGGGUGUGUACCGGGUAAGAAGGGGGUAUACUGCCUAGAGGACUGCCCUUCUAGCUGCACGCAAUGUGAACGUUACAGUAACACUUGCGUAGGACCAUGCUCCGAUGCAAGCUACUACGGAGAACGAUGUCAGAUUCAUUGCCGCGGCAAUUGUGAAGAUGGAUGUGCUAGAUACUCUGGGGAUUGCACAUCGUGCGGACCGGGGUACAGAGGAGCAAAAUGUGAUGUCCCCUGUCCCCCAGCCUGUGAGGAAUGCCAGCGUUACGCAACCAGAUGUACUAAAUGCCUUGCUAAUCGUUUCUAUGGUAGCAAUUGUGUAUUUCCGUGUCCAAAUGACUGUGUGGUGUGCAAUAAGGAAACUGGUUAUUGUACCGAAUGCAAGCAUGGAUACAGCGGAGGAAAGUGUGAGGCGCACACACUUGCAGACAGGUGGAACCCUAAUCUUGCUAUCAUCACAGUAGUGGCAGUUCUGUUCCUGGGAGCAGUGUUGCUUUUUGUGUACAAACUGUGGACGCACAAGUAUACAAGUCAUCAACGGCAUCUGGAACACCAGCCCGGGGAUGAAACACAUGCAAGAGCGGCCCCAGAAUCGUCUGACAGUAACGCUCAUAGAUAUUGGGAUAUAACUGACCCGCUGUCUGAACCUGAACCCACCAAUUACAGCCAACCGCAGAGAGACGACGUUGUUGAAAGGGGGGACUUCAUGGGUUAUUGUAGCAUUCAAAGAAGAGCUGAAAUCGACCAAACACGGGGUGAAUGUUCCUCGUUGGGACGAAGUGGUGAUUUCCCUUUAUCUUUUCUAACUGCCUAUAUAAUGAACGGAACAAUUAGGACGAAGCAAAGGAAGGCAAGGAAGGACGACAUGGAUACAAAUAUGUCAAGAAUUCUACUAGUACGGUUGCUAUGUUCUGUUUCGUGUAUUAUCGGAGCACCUGACUCUCGUCAUUGUCUCUGGUCAUCUGCAUCAGACCCCUGCCCUGCCUGCGAGAGAGGAUGGUAUGGUGGUGACUGUAACUUUAACUGUUCGUUCUGUGACAGCGGCGUCUGUGUCAGGGACACUGGGAUAUGUAAACAGUGCCGGGCAGGCUACUUUUCUCACAACUGUAACGUUACGUGUCCUCCCAACUGCAGAAAGAAUGAUGAUGGUAAGAUGUAUUGUGACCGUCAAAGUGGGGUGUGCUUGCAAAACUGUAAAGACGGCUGGUGGGGAGACUGGUGUGAGAGGAAGUGCAGUGACAGAUGUCAAGACAACUCAUGCUACUUCUGGGACGGGUCGUGUGCUAGAGGCUGCAGGAAAGGUUGGGCCGGUGACAGUUGUGACACCUUGUGUCCAGGGGGAUGUCACGGUGACACAUGUGAACAAAACGGGAGCCAUACGUGUACCCGAGGUUGUAAACACGGUGUUCACGGGCAUCACUGUAAUAAGAAGUGUAAUAGACACUGUAGAGAUCAGGAUUGUUUCUAUGACCACAGAAUGAACUCUACAGUAUGCAGACAGGGCUGUGUGGACGGCUGGAUGUCCCUCGACUGUAAGCUGAAGUGUCCUGGUAACUGUGAGGCAUGUUCUCAAGAGACUGGGGAAUGCUCCAGAUGCAAGCAAGGCUACUGGGGAACUGACUGCACUAGAACAUGCAGUGCCACGUGUUUUAACCAGACAUGUGAUCAAGGUGGUCGAUGCAGUAGUUGUCAACUCGGUUACCAUGGGGACACGUGUAGGACAUACUGUGAUGCUGACUGUAUCAGAUGCUUUGAGGCAAAGGGAGGUUGUAGAUGUAGAGAGCCGUGCACUUCGUCCUGCCUGCAUCACAUGCUACCCGACUUGACAUGUCUCUAUGUAAAAGAAAAGAAAGGACACGCAGGUGUCAACAUCCACGAAAUCACUUCGAGGAAUGGCUCGAGCUGGUACACAUCCAACUUAUCAAUCUACCUGAACCUAGUGAUUUUGUUAACUUACAUGUUGAGAUAUUCAUAUUUGUAACCAGAAUAACCUAUGAUGGACAUAAGACAAAAUAGGAUGUAAACAUUCAUUGUCACGUAAACACUUAUAUGUAAUUGUUGUUGUCGUGUAGGAAAGGACUGCUGUUUUUACCAGGUGUGUUACUUUACUGAAUCUCAUAAAGAAAUUUAAUGCAGUGUAUAUUCCCUGCAAAGUUGCCUAUAAAUAGUGACAUAAUUAACAAUAUGAGGCUGCUCAAACAUUUCCCAGAUAAAUGCGUUUUUUAUGUACAAGUAUUAUUGACAGCCACUGCCAUUAUUAUUUUCACUGACAGUAUUUAUUGUCUUGAAUAAAGAGUUUUGACGUAG